GAACUCGUCAUCAAGCUUUGAUUAUGUUAAUCAGCUGUGUGGUGCUAGGGCAUAAACCAAAACGUGUACCCCUUAGAGUCCCCAGGACCAAGUUUGGGAAAUGUUCCCAUAGACAGUUGAAUGUUCAGGGCUGGGAAUACAUCUGAGGCCCCUGGAUGUGGAGUUUAUGACUCGUCUGAGUAAAGUGGUCAACAUAGUCCCUGUCAUCGCCAAGGCAGACACACUCACCCUGGAGGAGAGGGACUUCUUCAAACAGAGUAUCAGGGAAGAGCUGCGAGCCAACGGGAUCGACGUCUACCCUCAGAAAGAGUUUGACGGGGAUUCUGAUGACCAGAUGGAUCAAUGAGAAAAUCAGGGAGAUGAUCCCAUUUGCUGUGGUGGGGAGCAACCAGUACCUGGUCAAUGGAAAUAUUAUUCUGGGCACAAACAAAGUGGGUAGCCAUAGAAGGACCCACAUGCAGAACAUCAAGGACAUCACCAGUAGCAUCCACUACGAGGUGUACCGUGUCCGCAGGCUAAACGAGACCAACGCCCAGCCCAGCGCCCAGCCAAGCGCCCAGCCCAACGCCCAACUUAAAACGAGGAACAUGUUUUCUUAAUUUUUUCCCCUUAAAAUGAAUCACUUAAUCACAUGAAAUAAAUAAUACUCUUU